AAAAUGAUUUAAAAUUAUGAAAAAACGAUCUCCUACUUUUGUUAAAUCAUCAAAUCAUCAUACCAAAACAUUAGUUUCUAAAUUAUUGAUCAAGAAAAAAAGCUCCAAAAGGAAAAUGUUCGUCGGUGGACUAAGUUGGCAAACCAGCCCAGAAAGCCUACGAGACUAUUUCAGCCGGUUUGGUGAGAUAUCAGAAGCUAUGGUGAUGAAGGACCCUACGACGCGAAGGUCGAGGGGCUUUGGAUUUGUAACAUUCAGUGAUCCAGCUAGUGUAGAUAAAGUCUUAGCUCAGGGUACACACGAACUAGAUGGUAAAAAGAUUGAUCCUAAGGUUGCCUUUCCUAGACGUGCACACCCUAAGAUGGUGACGAGGACGAAAAAAAUAUUUGUGGGAGGGCUGUCAGCUCCUACUACACUGGAAGACGUUAAAAGUUAUUUUGAGCAGUUUGGCCCGAUCGAAGAUGCAAUGCUUAUGUUCGACAAACAAACGAACAGACAUAGAGGUUUUGGAUUCGUUACUUUUCAAAGUGAAGAUGUAGUAGAUAAGGUCUGUGAGAUUCAUUUUCACGAAAUCAACAACAAAAUGGUCGAGUGCAAGAAGGCCCAGCCAAAAGAAGUCAUGUUACCGGCAAAUCUGGCAAAGACUCGCGCGGCAGGUCGAACAGCAUACGACAAUAUUAUGUGGGGACUUGGAACUCUUCCUGAUGGCUUCCCAGCAGCUGCUUAUGCCGCUUACGCUGCAGGCCGAGGAUACUCUGGAUACCCCAGCUUUGGACUACCUUACCCUACAGGUUUAACAAUAUGUGGAAUUGGUAGAAGUUUUGCCACAUGUAGUACAUUAAACUCAGUCAGGCGUGGUGGCAAUAGUAAUACAAGUUCCACACAGUCUUCAUCAGGAUAUCAACAGGCCUUAAACUUACCAAUUGCAACUGCACUUACGCGUACAACGGCCAUCAAGUCACAAUUUCUGGGAAAUGUAACUUUUUAAAUGAAACUCACUACGUAAUCAAUAUAAAUAAAGAUAAUUUCUUAGGCUCAAAAGAAACAGAUUUACCUUAAUGAAACCAAUUUAAAACAUAUUAUCGAUUGCUUAGUGUUUAUUUUUUUUUAAUUUUUGGUUUUAGUUACAAGUUAGUAUCUUCCUUAACUCAUAUUCAAAGUAAAUAAAAGUAGGUAGAUAUUUGAAAUGAGUAAAUAUAUUAACUAGAAUUUCUUUAUCUUUUGACUAUGAGUAUCAACAUGCAUGGUAACAAAUCAGUUCUUAUAUGGGGAAAAGAAAGUGCAUCAAAUCAUUAUACGCAAUGUUCUGUAUUUCAAUCGAUAUUGAAGAAACCGAUCUUCAAUUUCAUUCGAAAUGAAAUUCCAUGUUCUGCAUUUCGUUCAUGCUAGACGUUGGAAAAGUCGAGCUUGUCCGUAGGCUAUGUGAAAUUGCAUUGCAUUUUAUUAUGGCGGGCGCCGUGUAGAGGCAAAAGUCAUGAACAAUUUUUUGUAUUAUUGUAGUAACAGAAUGAACUACUUGGCCAAUACAAAUUCAGUGUGAAAGUCGUCUCACUCCAAGCAAAAAACCUUUUUUUUUAAAGUGGGGAUCCUCAGUGUCGUUUAUUUACAAAGUUUCCUACAAAGAAAAAAAAAAUUAAUAACGGUAUUAAUUUUACAAGAUAAAGAUUGAGUAUCUAAUUUUCAUUGUUUUUAAAGAUGCAAAAAAUAACUUAAAAAUACAAAUUGUUCUACUUUAUGAGAAAAUACUGUGAAAGAAGUAUUAAUUGUGUAAUUUUGUAGUGUUUCCUAAGUUUACAACCCUUAAACUUGCUUUCGCAUCAAUUUCGGGAGAUAAAUUUAAAAGCUUUUCUGGAAAAAUUAUCCAUACAAAUUCUAACACUUCGAUUCUGCAGAGAUAAAAUUAUCUGCUAAACGAGUUUUAUCCAGGUAUUCCGCAGUUACAGGAAUUCCUCUAAAAAAAAAAAAUACUGCAAUCACAAGUUUGUCUAUACACAGAAAAAAAAAUUAACCGAAAUGCAGAACAUUCAAUUUCACUUUCGCCAUUUGCAAAACAUAAAAUGCAGAACAUGGGAGAUAGUUUCUGGUUCUUAAUUUUCAGUUAUAAUUUGUAUUGAGUCGUAGUUAUUCCGGAAUAUAUUUCUAUUCUUAAGUUGCCAUUUGAUCUUUUAAUAUAUUAUGUAUGUACAUCUUGUGUUAGUCAAAGAAAGAUUCAAAUUUUACCCUCUAUAGUAAAUUUAAAAUCCAUCGAAACCUCUAUUUGAAAGUGGCUCUGAAAAAUAUCAAUUGAGGGAUUUCUAUAGACUGUUGGUACGGUGGUAGAGGGUGAAAAUAUAAAAAUUCGAGAACUUGUUUUCCUAUCUUUCUUUGACUAUGAUUAAGAGUUGUUUAAUAGAAGUUGCUUUAAUUUUUAAACUUUUUUAUAGGUCCCAUUUCAAGUCAUUGGCAAUAUACGUAGUUCGUCUAAACAUUGGAAAAAGAUCUUAUUCACGAAACCAAAACAUAAUCUUCUAUUUUUUCAUAUGUACAACGUGAUGGCGGUCGGUGUGCCGUGCCACGCAUACUCGACAAGGAAAAUAAACUUUUAUAGCAAAUAUAUAUUUGUAUGCACUAUUAUGCUAAACAAAUAUUGAAACUAAAUAGGGAUUAGUUUAACGAACUACUUGCGGGAUAUUUGACAGCCAUAAUUGAAUUUUACA